UUCCAUAAAUCGUUGGCAAAAUGAAUGAAUGAAUUUUAAUGGCAGACGUUAGUAAACUUGUCGAAUACAUUGAUAUGAAAUGUUUCUGAUGGCAAGCGUACAGCCGUGCUCUAAAGCCCUACCAAAUCUCUGGGCGAAAAAAUCCUAGAGCGCCCUCGAAAGCUUAAACCCUAAACCUCUUCAGAAAACACAUUGAAAAUAAUGAACAUAAUCAUGAGAACAUGGACAGCCAUUGCCAUGGCUGAGAAAAGUAAGAGGAAAGAAUGGCAAUGGCAGGCGUGGCGGUUGAAGAGCAGCAAUAAAUCCAAUAUAAAAUUCCGCACUAAAGAUCACGCUUUCGAUGACUACAUGGAAGUGUGCAAAAAGGUACGAAAAGUGGUGAAAUUCCAGAGCAUAAUUUUGGCUCAACCAGAGCAGUCCAUCUGCGUGGCCAGGCUGGACACGCUUGGGCGUCGGUUGGGUCUCAAAAUGUACGAGUCCGGCCGCUUCGUGCUCAAAUACCCCCACAUCUUCGAGGUUUUUGAGCACCCAGUUCAGCGACUCCUGUGGUGCAGGUUGACCCCCAAGGCGAUGGAGCAGAUCCAAGAGGAACGGGCUGCCUUGAUUGCGCUCGAACGAGAGUCUGUUAUCAGGCUUCAAAAGCUCAUAAUGAUGGCUGCUGGAGGAAGGGUCUGCUUGGAGCAUAUUUAUCAUGCUCGCAAAGAUUUAGGGCUACCAGAUGAUCUAGAAGUAUCAAUAAUUCUUAAAUAUCCCCAAUACUUUCAGCUCACAUGUCCAAAUCCAAGAGAUAAAAAUGGACUGAUGAAGUAUGUGGAGCUUGCCAAUCGAGACCCUAGUUUAGCAGUCUGUGCAAUAGAGAAGGUUCGAGAGAAGGAAUACAGAGAUCGAGGCAGCAGAAGAGAGGAGGAUACCAGGUUCUCUUUUCUUAUCAAUUUGCCACCUUGUUUUAGGAUUUCUAGGGCUUAUAGAGUUUUUUUAAUGAAAUGGCAAAGAAUGCCAUAUUGGUCCCCCUAUGAAGAUAUUAGUAGGCAAGAUCUUAGAACCCUAGAGGCUCAGAAGCGUUUGCAGAAGAGAGUGAUUGCAACACUCCAUGAAUUUUUGACUCUCACUGUUGAAAAGAACAUUACAUUGGAGAAGAUUGCCCAUUUUAGGGAGUGUUUUUAUUUACCCAAUAAAUUGAAGGAUUUUCUCUUGCAACAUCAAGGUAUAUUUUAUAUAUCUACUCGUGGAAACUAUGGCAAGCUUCAUACUAUUUUUCUCAGGGAGGCUUAUAGUAAGGGGGAAUUGAUAACCCCUAAUCCCGUGUAUCUUGCCAGAAGGAAGCUGGUGCAGUUGAUAUUGUUGAGUCCCAGAAAGGCUACCCUUGAUCCAAGCUUGACUUUUUAUAAGAAUAAUGAUCGAGAUGAUGAGAAAAUGAUGAGGGAAUAUUUUGAAAGUAGCUAUAAACUGGAUGAAGAUUUGUUGUCCAAAAAGACAGAAGAUUCAGAUCACAAUGACUUCCGAAGAUCUCAGCAGAUGUCUUUAGGUCUCAGUGGAUGCAAUGCCAUGGAGUCCAAUGAUAGAUUAAUGAACAAUAUGGAUAUGCAGUCCCAUGAUAACUUUAGAAAGGAAGUUGAUAUGGUGACGAGAAGUCCAUAGAACUGAGUAGCAGGCUCCUUGUUUCUUUUGUUGGGUGAGGAAUACUGAAAAACAGAUUUGGAAAGGUGAUUUAAAGAUCAAUACGGGGACAGAUUGCAAUGGUAAAUACUUAUUCUUUUGUGAAGAAUAGUAUUGAUUGGGAAAGAGAUAAAUGUGGCACCCCAAAAUAUGAAGUAUCAUGCUAUAAGGUGCAAGGACCAACAACUUAACAAUGUAGAGAACUGAAGAUGAUAUCAUCUUUUUCUUCGGUUGCCAUUUUGGGCCUUGACAUCAAAUGUUGCUCAUGAUAUUCUGGCCAGAAUUCAGUAUUGUAACUUCUGUUUUUGGUGAAGUAUUAGGGCAAGUUUUCAAGUGGAGUGGGAAAUCAUUUGGAAACAUGCUUUCCCAGCUUGCUGUUUUUAUCAGAAUCUCAACAUUUUGAAUAUUACUCUGAAGUCUGAACAACCAGGUCUCAGGCUUUGUGAUAAGAGGUUCUAACAUUUUUGUUUUACAGGCAAGAUUUCUCAGGAUUGAUAUUUUUUAUACGCUUUUGCAUAAAAUAACAAUAUAAAGAUUUUCUCCCAAGAGUAUAUAAGUAAGGCAAAGUCUACCCUUUUCGUGUAUGGCCAGACUGGAAUCAAAUACGUCCUCAGAAUCCUUGCUGGACACAGAAGAAGCUUAUUGUUUACAUUUAACUUGCCAAAAGAUGUAAAAAUUGGAUAGAAAAUUGUAUGCUUCCAUACCUAGAUGAAGCAUUCGUACACAGCAAUUGUCUUUUUCUUGUAUUGUAUUAGAAUUCUUAUCUUGGAAACAAAACCAAUCAAAAGUUAAAUUCAGAUGGUACCGAAAAAGCAGAAUUGCAAGACCGAAACUCUUGACUGCAUCAUGCCUACGCUUUUUUUGUUCAACAACUAUAUAAAGACUACUGUCAGCAAUGACAGAGAUCUCAUGAACCGUGUUUUCAUGGAACAUUCAAAGUUCUUGUCAUUUUGAACUUAUUUUAAAUUCAGUAUGGACAGAAGGCUGAGAUGAGUAAAUCUUAGUUCAUUUAUGGUUCA